AUGGCCUUUGAUCAUUGCAUGGCCAUCUGCAAACCCUUGCACUAUUUGAUCAUCAUGAACCGGCAGCUCUUUGUAAGUCAUUUGUACACCAGUGACGAGAUCAUCCUCCUCAUGGCGAUGGCCUUUGACCGCGAUAUGGCCAUCUGUAAGCCCCUGCACUACACAGCCAUUAUGAGUCAGCACGUGUGUGGCCUGCUGAUGUGGGUGGUCUGGAUAGGAAGCUUCCUUCAAGCAACCAUCCAGAUCCUCUUUAUGGUCCAGUUGCCAUUCUGUGGCCCUAACGUGAUCGAACACUUCAUCUGUGACUUGUUCCCUUAUUUGAAGCUUGCUUGCACAAACACCCAGGUCUGCCGCCUGGUGGUCGUGGCCAACAGUGGGGUGAUGUGUAUGAUAAGUUUUCUCCUACUGGUCUUUUCUUACAUCGUCAUCUGGCACUUCGUGAGGACUCACAUUUCUGCAGGGAGAUGGAAAUCCCUCUCUACCUGUGUCUCCCACAUUGUCAUAGUCGUUUUGUUCUUCUUUCCAUGUAUUUUCAUGUACAUAAGGCCCAAGUGUAUUCUCCCUGUGGUCAUAUCGGCGCCCAUAUUUUACACUAUCAUCACCCCCAUGUUGAACCCCGUCUUUAACACCAUGAGAAACACGGAGGUGAAAAGUGUCAUGAAGAAGCUGUGGAGCAGGAAAUUGAAAUGA